GCCCUAUAAAUAAGUUGAAGCUCAACCCACAAAGUUAAGUUUCUGGAAAGUUCUUGAAGUCUUAGUUUUCUGAAGAUGAAAAGUUUGGUCGUGUUUUGUGUUUUUCUACUGGCACCAGUCACCAUCUGGGGUGCAGACUACACCCUGUGUGAGCUAGUGUGUAAGAACGACCCAACAUGCAUGCCCGGCUGUCUGGCAGGAAGGAGAGCUGCACGUGCCGAUUACGUCAUCUGUGAGUUGAGCUGUGGGGUGACCAACACGGCCUGCAUCAACUCGUGCGUGCAGGGCAGGAAGAGGGACACGCCCACCAAGAGGGUGGACUUUGUCCUCUGCGAGAUGGUCAUCUGUCCAAACGACAACGGCUCUGACUCCCAGUGUAUGAAGGAUUGUUUACAGCACGCCAAAUAGGGCGGGUCAACAGGUCAUCAUCUACAUGAAGUG